CUGUGCGUUAAUGCUCGUAUAGAAGAAGGUAGUGGAUAAAUCUGGUGGUUUUGCAACGGACGUGGUGGCUGAUAAGAGUCGUGGAAUGGUGUAUGUCCGUCGUCCUUACGUGGACAUGCUUGAGCUGGUAACCUUGGUGUUGUUGAAUGAAUAAAAGUUGGGCUGAAAUAUCAAUUAAGCAUUGGUAGCUGAAAUGUUACUUCACAAAAAAUUUGAAGGCGUAGAAUACCAAGCGCUUCAUCCUCCUCUUCUUUUGAUAGCCGUUGAGAGAAGACAGAAAACGGAAGAAGAAACCAACCAGAUCUCGCAUUUUCUCAUCAGAUUUUUUAUUUUUAUUUUACUUGGCUAUCUUAUCUGAAUAUAGUAUAUUUUAAUUUUCAGUUUAAUUUUAAUUUUCUUUUUGUGUAAUAGUAUUUGGUUGUGUUGUGAAAUUAGGGUUGCUGAUCAUCACUUCACCAAGCCUUCUCAAAAAAAUUUACUUGCAAAUUUGGGAAUUUUGUGAAUUAGAGGGGAUGGUGAUGGUUGAGGUAGAAGCAGCUGUCCGAAGAAGAGUUGCAUUAAUCCUGAUGAAGCACAAAGAUUAUGUUGGUGCUAGGAGAAAGUUGCUGGAUGCACAGAAAUCAUAUCCAGGACUUGAAUAUAUUGAUGAAUUGAUAAAAGUAUGUGACAUAGCAUGUACAGCUGAGUCUCAAAGGAAGAGUGGAAGUGAUUGGCACUUGGUUCUCCAGACUAACAAGGCAGCCAAUGAGUCUGACAUAGUGUUUGAGUACACAGAGCUGGUCAGAAGUUUGGAACCCGUUAAGAACAAGUUUCCGGAAAUUCAAUCAGCUUUCGGGGUCAUCGAAAAAGCUUAAUGUGUGCUUUCAGAUAGAGAAAAACGUUGCAAGGUUGAUUCAAGAAGAGGUGGAAGCUUGGGUUCUUGUGGUGCUGCGGUGCCAUUAGAUAUAGCUAAUGAAGGCAAAAGGGUUGAAGCUGAUGAGCCUAUGGUUGAUGCUGGUGCUGUUGAUGACAGUUCCUCUGUAAUGGGUCAGGCUGAUGUUAAGGAUCUGGGGUCAUUGGUUCUAGUGCAGCAAUUAUGGAUGCUACUGAUUCUGCAGCAGUAAUGAAGGAGGCUAGUGAUUCUACUGCAGCGGGCGUGGUUGUCGCAGUUUCUGUGGAAGCCAGUGUCACAGUCACCCAGAGUGUGGUUACUGAGUUUUUAUGCAGUAAUGAAGAAUUUCAGAACAAGGAAGCUGAUAGGGAGCCUGAGGUUCCAAAUCAUCCUUUUGGGGGUUCGAUGCGUAGCCCGUCCAUUCAAAAUAGUCAGGUAUCUGAAGUUAUCCGUGAUUUAGGGUUUCAAGUAAAGUCUGAGUCUAUUUCUACUGAUUGUGCGUCAAUUAUUGAAAACAUCGAACUAAAGGAUAAUUUAAAUGCUGAUAACUUCCUUAUAAAACAAAAUGUUGUUAUGCCGGAGAUGGUGCAACCAUUAUCCAACGAUGUUUCUCCAGAUAAUGGAACUCUGCGUUCUCCGGUUGGUCAAGAGCCGUGUGAGAACCAGGACUCUAUGGAAGGGGAGUUUGAUGAGACUAGGGCUAUUGUGAACCUUGAUAAGAAAAAUGAUGAUACAGAUGCCUCGUUGGAAAAAUUAAAUCUGGAUUGGAGUACAGGGGAUGAAUCUGUGGAGGAACACAUAUCAGAGAGUAGGCAUGCUGAGUCAAAACAUAAUUCUGAUGAGAUGAGAGAGAAAAAUAGCCUACCCGAGGUUAAUGAUGUAAAAGAAGAAAAUCAUGUUGGUCUUACGAGGGACAGCGUUUCUGAUAAGGGCAUUUCUCCUGAAGGGAAGAUGAGUCAUGGUGUUCCUUGUGAGAAACAAAAACUCGAAGAUCAAGAAAUUGACAAGAACAAUAAACCUUCGAAGAGGCGGCGUAGGUGGAGUUCAGAAGCUCAAAAAGUUCCUGAACUGCAAGCCUCUACUCUUAAAUCUUGCACAACACUGAAAAAUGCGUUUCCAUCUGAUGCACCCAAACAGAGCGUUGCUAAAUCUGACUCAAAACUUAGCCCUGAAAGUGCACAAGGGUGUGUAGUUCCACCAUCAGCAAAGCCUCCGACAACUUCACUUAGAAUUGACAAGUUUCUACGGCCAUUCACUCUAAAAGCGGUGCAGGAACUUCUGGCAAAAACUGGUGCUGUAUGCAGUUUCUGGAUGGACCACAUUAAGACGCACUGCUAUAUAACGUAUUCGUCUGUGGAGGAAGCGACAGAGACUCGUAAUGCUGUAUGUAAUUUGCAGUGGCCUACCUAUGGUGGAAAGCUACUGUUUGCUGAUUUUGUUGACCCUCGAGAUGUGAAAAUGCGUGCUGAAGCACCUGCUGCAGCUCCUGUCAGCACCACCCAAAAAGUACUUCGCCAACAGCACCAUUAUCUUCCAAACCACCAUUUGAAGCUUCUUUCCGUCAAGCAGUCCAGAGGAAGCAACUCCCACCACCACCACCACUAAUGACAUCUAAACAUCCAGCUCCUACUAGGGAACACCUCCCUCUUCCACCCCCACCUCCUCUUCCCCAAAACGAAAAUCUUCGAAUUGUUGCAAUGGAUGAUUUUUUCAUGAGAACUACAUGCACCCCUCGUAUUUUCUUUCUACCAUUGUCUGAGGAGCAGGUCGCAGCUAAGCUUGCCAGACGAGGAAAAAACACCAAGUAGAGUACAGAGGUAUGAGGUGGGCACCUUCUUGCAGAGUAAUCAAAGAUCUGAUCUAGGUAUUGAUCUGAUCAGAUGACCCUCUUUUGGUCGAUUUCAGUCUAAGAGUUUAUUUAUGUAUAGCUAAGUAGGCGGAGUUAGUGACUGAGUUAAGUUAUUUGUAAUGGGACAACUGUAAGCAAACACACUUUGUAAUGGGACAACUGAAGUUGAUAUCAUGAAUUCCUACCGUAUGUCAAAGCUCUACUGGCAGUGCAUAGACUGUCGGUUUUGCAACAGAGUUGGCUAAUACUACUAUGUUUCAUGAGAGAGUUGUCGACUUGUCGCGACUCGUAGUAGAAUCGU